AUAAAUUAAAUUGUUGUCAUAGUUUACAGAUUGUGAAUAAAAUUCAACUUUAAUGCUUUGUUUUAUGGUUUUAAUGUAUUCUUUGUGAUUUUAGUUUAUUAACUGCAUAGAAUUCCUGACCGACACUGCCCGUACCGUAGAGAAAGAAGACUUGAUUACAGAUUAAUAACUUUUUUAUUAUCUGUAAUCAUGUAUAUUUACUUUGUGUACAGAUUUGAUUAAUAUUUGAAUCAAAAUUAAUUAAUCUAUUUAUAUUUAAUAAACAAUUUUUCUUUAACGUAUCAAUAUUUUAAUAGCACUUUCUGGUCAUUAUCCCAUAAGUAAUAGGUUAUUUGUUUAUAUAUUACCAUUAUUGCAUAAUGGCUCAGAAGGAGGAAGAAGAACCAUUCCAAGAAGACGACGUUUACAUCAAUCAAGAAGAUGGCAUGCCCAAUAUUCACCCUAAUAUUGCGAAUUUAGAACAAGAAAGUGACGAUCCGGAUGAGGUGGAUGAUUUCGAUGAUAUACCAAAGUCUGUUAUUGUCACAAACAUCCACAGCGAUGUAUUUGUCGAUGAAAAAUUAAAACAAGAUAUGGAAAAUCUAUUUCGUACGUUUUCUGAUAACAUAACAUUUCAGUGGCUUCGUAGCUUUAAACGUUUGCGUGUGAAUUACGAUAGCCCUUUAGCAGCUGCUAAUGCGCGAGUGCAACUACAUCAAUAUCAAUUUCAUAAUUCGUGCAUCAAUUGUUACUUUGCACAACCUGUGACUCCAGUAUCGUUUAAGAAUUUGAGGCCUCCUGCUCCUGUGAAACAGUUUCUUAUCUCGCCACCAUCAAGUCCUCCAGUGGGAUGGGAACCUCGAGAAGAGGGUGAGCCUUUAGUUAAUCAUGACCUUCUUGCUGCAUUAGCAAGUUUAGCUCCUGGUGAGAGUCAUGAGCUUCAUGCCCCAACACCAACGCAGCCAGCUAUAAUAGUCCAUACUGCACUGUCUAAUGAGAACAGUGUGCCUAAACAUGGCUGUCCGCUUCCACAUACUCGCUGUCCAGAAUAUUGAUAUGCCUUUAAAGAAUCUAGUGAAUUUAUUAAUUACAACUGAACUGGAUGCUCCUUAUUUCAUAUGCCAAUUCUGGCAUGUGAUAUAUUAUGCCAAAGACAUCCAUUAAAAAAUUGUGAAGUAUAUUUGUGUUGGAGAAUAUGAACAAGCAGGAUAUUAACUUUAUAGAUUUUAAUCAUAGGCUUUUUAGUAGGUUCUGCUUACUAGUCUAUAUUUUGACAAAAAUUAUAAAAGUUGUAUUGGUGCUAUAUUUUAACUUAAAAGGGAUAUUUAUGUUGCUUAAGUUAAUUUUUAUUUUUAUAAUGAUGAUGUCCUAAUUGUCCGUCUGAUUUAACUACCUAAGUUACACACAUAUAUAUAAUAAUUUAUUCACAGUCAUACCUGCAGCACUAAAAAGCAGUAGCUUUGAUUAUGUGUUAAUAAGAAUAUAGUGAUAUAAAUGAAUGUUAUUUUUUAAUGGUCAGAUACCUGCUGUGGUAGCACUUUCAUCUGUGGGAUAAUUUUAAAUAGGUUUCAUCAGUAAUCCAUAUUAUUUUUAAUCAGCCAUAAUGUUGGAGUACAUUAAGUGAUCAUUGGUUUAAUCAAAAAAUAUUGUAUUAGCAUAAAACAUCUAUGGUUGCUCAAUUACCAUUCUCUUGUAUUAAAUAUUUAAAAAUGUAUUUAAAUUUUAUUGUUUUCAUUAUUCUGGUAAACAAUAUAUGUUCUAAAAAUUAAUUGUUGGAUGUAAUGAACAUCCAUUUCUAACUCUAUAUCAAUAAAAUGUGACUAAUUAACUAUGAUAUGGUUGUAUUAGAUUAUGGUUGUAAAUCUUUAAAAAUAUUCAAAAUGCAUAAUACUUUUAUUUAACAUUGUAGUAUACUAUAGUCAUAGGAGUUCAAAUUCAAAAUUUGCCUUUGAUAGGCCUAAAAUUUACAUCACCAUCAAACUAAUUAUAUUAACAGAACUCUGAUACUAUUUAAAAUUAUAAAUUUAAGUUUUUAAAUAUAUUAUUUAUUGCAUAGUUAAGAAACAAUUACAUACAUAAACUAAUAAAAUAUUAUGGACACCAAUUUUAUAGAGUAUUGUCUUUACAUUUGUACCAGUUAACUACAUAAGUCAUUAUUAAUAAAAUUUUAUUCAUGUAUUUUCAUGUAAAUAACUUAUAAAUAAUCAGCAUGUUUAUGGAAUGUAUGGAGCUCAGACCUAGACAGUAUACACAAUAUAUAAACCCAACUAAAACCUUAUGACAAAUGAAAUAAAUAAAUGUCAGUAGUGUAACUCUUAGAAAUACCAUGUAAACUUAUUUGAAGCGACAACCAAUCGCACCACACUAUCAUGUUUGCUGUGAAAGACAUCAAUAUCCAAUUAUCUCUUAUUAUUUCAUUUCCUGUAAUCAGCAGCUCAUGCUACAAUCAGAUUUUUAUGCAUUCAACAGUUUUUAGGACUUAUUUUUUUUAUUAUAAAGGUUAUGUAUACAUAAUCAUUUUUUGCAAACCUACAUACCCUGGCAAACACUAAUUUAAAUAUAGUGUAGAUUGAGAAAUAUUCUUAACAUAUUUAUUUGUCAGAAUAUGGUAUGUACAAUGGUGGUAAUUAUAUAUAAUACUAGCUGUUCCCGCGACUUCGUCCGCGUGGAAUUUUGGAAGUUACUCCUUAUUACAUCAGCUACCUGCAAAAAAAAUCCCGUCAAAAUCGGUCCACCCAUUUCAGAGAUUAGCCGGAACAAACAGACCGACAGA